AACACAUUCACUUGGAAAAUUAUGCCAAUCGAUUGAAACAUGAUGUAAUCGCUCAAUCAUGAUCAUGUGACAACAAGCAUUAAUGUUGACCGACACUUCAAUUUUAUUCAUAUGUCAAAUUGACUACUAGUUAUCUGUUUGCUCAAAACAUGAGCACAGUAAGCACCGGUUAUAAACACAGCAUCAUUUCAAAUCAGUCAUCUGAUACCUAUACACAAAUAGAAUUACAAUGUCCUAAGAUAUUAUUUCCUGAUGACAAUGGAUUUACCACUCCUACUACUCCUACUACUACUACAACUACAACUACUGCUACUACUGCUGCUACUACUACCACUAAUGACAAAAAGGAAGUAUCAUAUGAUAAGUUAGCAUUAGCCGGGAUAGCACGUCGUGGUGCUAUAGUCGAUGUUGGGACAAUCAUGAAUAGACUGACUGAUUCUUCUAGUUAA